AAUAAAUUUCCCACCCAAUUUAAAUGGAAAAAAGAAUUCGAAAAUUUCUCAACCGUCUUUCUCGUGUCGUGCUGUCAACACGUUUCUUAAAAAACGUCCCUUCGUGCCUGACAUUAUCUAAAACCCUCCGGCGGUGGUGUUCCACUACCCUGCGCUCUCAACCAUGGCGGUGCCGCUUUUCAAUCUAGCUCUUGAUAUGGCUGUCUCAAGACUCUGCCUAGGCACGAUGACGUUCGGCGAGCAGAACUCUAUGUCUCAGUCCUUCCAGCUCCUCGACAAGGCCUUCCAUUCCGGAAUCAAUUUCUUCGAUUCCGCCGAAAUGUAUCCGGUGCCACAGCGUGCAGAGACACAAGGAAAGAGCGAGGAGUAUCUCGGAAAUUGGAUUCGAUCCCGCAAUAUCCCACGGGAUCGUUUGGUACUUGCUACGAAGGUUUGUGGGCCAUCGGGGAAAAUGACUUGGAUACGAAAUGGACCAGAAAGUGUUGAUUCCAGGAAUAUAGCAGAGGCACUUGACAAUAGUUUGCUGCGCCUACAAAGUGAUUACAUUGACUUGUAUCAAGUUCAUUGGCCGGACCGCUAUGUACCUAUGUUUGGAGAAACUGAGUUCGAUUCUCACCGGAACUUUCCCUACGUUAGUUUUGAGGAACAACUUAUUGCUCUAGAGAAAGCUAUUUGUUCUGGUAAGAUAAGAUAUAUCGGACUAAGUAAUGAGACACCAUAUGGUCUUAUGAAGUUCCUUCAUGUUGCUGAAGGUCUCUCUCGCAAUUCUAAAGUAGUCUCCGUGCAGGUAAAUGCUUAUAACCUCCUCUGCCGAAAUUUUGAUUCUGGAAUGGCAGAAUGCUGUCACCAUGAGAGGGUAAGCUUAUUAGCAUAUAGCCCUUUGGCAAUGGGUAUUCUCUCCGGGAAAUAUCUCUCUCUUGAUGGAGGUCCAAGUGAUGCUCGUUUGAAUUUGUUUAAAGGGAGGUAUGCUGAAGGGGAAUCAAGAUACAAUCUGUCAGAUGGUAUCACUGGAAAAGCUGCCAGGUUAUAUUUUUCCAUUGCAAAGAAGUAUGAUGUUCAUCCUGUAUCACUUGCUAUAGGAGAGCUUCAUGAAAGUGGAUCUUCUUCCCUGAACCUGAACCCGGAAUGGUAACAUGGGGCAGCAAUUUGCUUAGCUCCUUAUCACUCCUAAUUGCCAACUCUAUGUGCCGAGGCCCAAUUCUGCUCCUUCCUUCAUUCUUAGCCUCUUUCCCAGAGAGCUCCAAAACCUAAAUCAAGAAAUUUGUUUAAACAGAUUAGGCAAAUUCGAGAAAUGAAUAUAGAAAUAAUAAUGGAAGCAAAUGAAAAACACAUUUAUUAUAUCACCUCAGCAGCCAUGCAUUGAAGGACUGCAGCUAAAUAAACUGGUGCUUGAGGAGCAACACGCUUGGAAUAAUUCCCUUUCUUGAGAAAUCGGGAAACUCUGCUAAUGGAGAAAUAUAGGGGAAAUCUUUUGGUCUUGGACUUGCCCUUCGUACUGUUGGAGGCGGCUCUGGAAGAGGAUUUCAUUUUUUCAAUUUGACUUUAGGUAGUCAGAAACCCUAAGUUAGGCAGCGGAGUGCACGAAGCGGGAUUUAUACGGUAAGUGUUCGAUGGAUGGUGGAUUCUGAUUGGUUAAAGGGACGUGGCGCAAAUUGCCACGUAGCCAGGCAAUUAAUAUAGCUUAAAAGAAAAGCUUUUUAAUUUUGAAUUGGAGAAUCCUUUUAGCAUUUGUGCAAUAAGAUUAAAGAGGACCCCCUUUCCUAGUGUGAACUUAUUUUGGUUUGCUAUGAAGCUAGUCAAGGAAAAUAAAAUUUCUCAGUGCACAUUGUGCGUCUUGUAGCUAAUGAUUUUUUUUUUCGUGCUAAAAGCUAAAAUACUAACUUUCUUCUCGGAUAUUUUAAAAUCCUCGUGUUUGUGUGUUUUGUUAGGAUGGGAUAGACCUUCCAAGUACGGAGUGAUAUCAAUUAGAUUCCAACCUGUGUUUCCCGAUAUUCUUUUAGUAAAAGAUUGUCUUUGAUUAGCUUAUUACAUUGAUAAGUUCUUGCACUUUUGGGAUGUGCUAUCUUGAGUUCGCAGUAAGGUCUUCAUUUGUUGUUUUAAAACUGCAAGGCCUUGUUUUCUAUGCGAGAGAAGAGGGUGAUAAAUAUCUAUGACAAUUUAAUAUCUUGUUUGCUUCAAAAAUAAAAGCCCUUGAUAAAGUGUUGUACUCCUAAAUGUGUUAUGUAUUACGAAAGAUAAGUGUAACUAACUUGAUAAACUAUCCAUCUUCUUGCUCUCAUACUAGUUCAAACGAUUUUUAGUAAGUGCAAUAUGAUAGUGCAGUUUAAUACAUCCAACCAAACAAGAAAUUCAAUGUAUGUAUGGUUAAAUGUAUUUUAAUACAUUCAAUCAAACAUAAUAUUGAUACCUCAUACAGUCAAACUAUAAGGUAUUAUCGUACAUCCGUACUUUCUAGAAAACAAAAGUUAAGUGUAUAAAAUUGCAGUAGUCAUAGUUCAAAUUUUGGAUGAGUUACUUAAAAAGACCAUAAUCUGAUUUGUGGAUAUUAUAGAGCUUAUUUUGUGGAUUUGUUUAGCUUGUAUAGACUUGUAUUCAUCUUGUUCAUGUUUUAGAAGCUCUUUUUUUAAGCUUAGCCAAACAUUGUCAGAAACCUCAUUUUUUAUUUAAAUACUCAUAUUUGGUAGUAUUGUAAUUCCAAUUUACACAUUAUUUACUCAUAAGUUAUAACUUAGCUCGAUGGUCUUCAUCAAAGUUGUUCAAGCUCAAGUUCGGACAAAUUGGAUGAUUAUGCUUUUGACUUGAUUCAAUUUGUUUGCUUUUCUACCCGUAACUGUAGUUUUAUGUGCACAACAUUCCAAGAUGCGGAGAUGCUAACAAUGUUCAAAAUAAGAAUCUUAGCUGUUUGUUCAUUUCCUAUUAUGAUUUGUUGUGCAUUAAGCUUAAUGAAGUGUUCUCUUCUCAUAUGGUGGUGAAAAGAUUGCAGAUUCUAAAAUUACAAUUCCUAUCACUGUACUACAUUCCUGUUUGAUGUUCAAAUCAGCAUUGUGCCUUAUGAAACUAUU